UUUGGAGCUGCCAGUGAGAGAGAGCGCCGGGAGCAGCUGGUAGGGUGGACACGACAGCACUGACUCUCCCACAUCACUUGGAGUCUUCAUCCAGCAACCACCAGUUUUGUAACAUGCCCAUCCUCUAACUCACCCAGGUGCCCUCAACGGACCAGGACCUUCUUCAUCUCCAUGCUGCUGUAACCUGUGCCCCAAGCUAAUUUAGAGGGAUUCCUUGUAGGAAAAUCCCUGAAAGUAGGAAAUUGCAUCAUUUUAUUUGUACAAGGGAAAGCCCAUUGCCGGGCCCCUCUGCUAAAGCGGCCAGUGCUCUAGGAGCCUCACCAAGGAGAAGUCCGGAAAGCUCCAGCAACCCAAGACCAGCCUGGGAGAGGCACCUGCCAAGAAAGCUCCCAACCCCUCCUCAAAAAUAGGAGUAGAGACCCUGGCAAAGGUGGGGACGGAAGAAGCGGGCAUCAGUCAUUGGAUAUUGGGAGCGCCUGGAUAGUGUUGGCUGGAAACUUGGGGCCCCUGCGGCCCUUGGCUAGUUACCGUUUGUUGGGUUUAGCUGCCGGCCAUGGCAAAGUGGUUUAAGGAUCUUCCCUUGACUCUGAAGAAUGUUUCAGACCGAGCCAAGCCUGGGCUCCCCGGGGCCAAAACCCUACCCAAAAUGGGGGCUUCCCGAAAAAAUUCCUGUCCAGAACCCGGUGGGCCAACCGGGGCUCCGGUGAAGAGCAGGAAGAAUUCCUCAUCGGAAGGGCAGAGCAAGAGCUUGAAGGACACUCGGCUGUCCCGGGAGAGUCUUCAGAGUCUUUUGCAAGGGAAAGGAAGAAAGAAUUCAAGGGAUGAAGUGGGUGGGCUCCGGGCACCCAAGGGCCACAGCACCUACAUCAAUCGCCUUAUAAAGGUGGACCCAAGCUUGCAGGACAAAAACACCAGAGAUUUCCAGGAAGCAGAAGAACAACCACCAGGACAGGACCAGGACCGGCCCAUCAAAGAUGAAACAAUAAUCAUCAUCGAGAAUUACGCCAUCCCGUAUGACGCCAAAUGCACCAAGGACCCGAGAGACAGUGAGCGCCUCGGAGAGAACGACGGCUACAUGGAACCCUACGACGCCCAGCAGAUGAUCACAGAGAUCCGCCGCCGGGGCUCUAAAGACAAUCUGAUCACAGAACUUCUGCUGCUGGAGUUGGGGCCCCCCUGCGGCCUGAAGACGGUGGUGAGGAGACAGGGUUCCCAGGAGCUGCUGGAUAAGGCCCCCCAGUUGUACGACACCCCCUACGAACCCCCAGACGCAGGCAGCGAGUCGGAGUUGCAGGAGAAGAGGGCGGCGGACGGGACGCGGCCAGAAAAUGACGAGAGACCCGCGGGGGAGUACGAGCAGCCGUGGGAGUGGAAGAAAGAGCACAUUGUUAGGGCCCUUUCAGUCCAGUUUGAGAACAGUGAGAGGUCUCCCAGUAAGGAGGAACCAGGGCGCUCACAUCAGAGGCAGAAGAGCUGGACCCCCAAGGUUCUGAAGCAGCACCAGACGGAGCAACAAGACAAGGUGGAUCCCACUGUCCCCCUGGAGAAGCAGAGCUGGUACCAUGGAUCAGUGACCCGAGACGAGGCCGAGAACCUGCUGGACUCCUGCCCCGAGGCCAGUUACUUACUGCGCAACAGCGGCUCUGGGAAUAGCAAGUUCUCCAUUGCUCUCAAGACCAGCCAGGGUUGUGUUCACAUCAUUGUGGCCCAAACCAAAGACAACAAAUUCACCCUGAGCCAGAUGAGUGGGGCGUUCAACAGCAUCCCGGAGGUGGUCCAUUAUUACUCCAGUCAGAAACUCCCCUUUAAGGGCUCAAAGCACAUCAGCCUUCUGUAUCCGGUGGCCACCAAGCCACACUGAGCAGGGACUGGACUUCAUGUUGGACCGGACUCUUCUUUCUUCCCUUGGCUUGACUUUUUCUAUCAGUUCUCCCCCCACCCCUAAACAAAGCUCUUCCAACCUCCUGCUGACCAAAGCCUACACCCCAAAAUGUCUCCUCCCAAGUCCAGUUUGCACCAGAGGUGGGGGAUCAAUGGCGCUGACAUGUUUUAUUAUUAGGCAAACCAAAAUGGCCGCUGGGUCGGCACCUAUUUUCAGGCAUGUGGAAUGUUAUUUCUUAUGUAUAAUAUGUAUAAUGUUGGGGGACUGAAUCAACGCACAAAGAGGGUUAGGGGUUCUAUAGGAGGCGGGACUUGUGCUGACAGCCUGGCUACGGGCUGUUUUGCAUUUCUGCUAUACAGGGAAUAUUGGCAAGUGAAUUGGGGGUGCAGGAGAGGUCUCUAGGGCAUUUGGGGUACAUUACAUGCAAAGGGGGGCACCAUCUACUGGUAAGUAAUGGUUCUACAGACUUCAGAACAGAAUUUUGGGCCAAACUGUAAGUGACUGGCCUCUGUUAUUGACCUACAACUUCUGUUGGGUCAACAUUAGGCCAAGGGGCAACCGUUGGGCACCCCGAUACUUUGUCCAUAACUGGUGAAUGUAAAUGUGAAGGUGUAUGUUACACACAAAGGCCCGAUUGUGAAUGUGAUGGGAUAUUUGUAUCCCCCAUGCCUGCUGUUUAACCGCGCUGGCUGCUAAGGCAUUCUGGGAGUUGUAGUUUGAAGUUGCUGUGGGGUUGCCGGGGUUCAGCCUUUACUGUGACCAGACGCCCGUCCCCUUUCUGCAGAGCUUUGCUUUAGUGACCAGCAGAGGGCGCUGUGACUGUAUGAAACCAACCCGGUCCCUCCUGCGUAUCAUACAUUUAUACAGGCAAAUAAAUCUUUAUAUUUGUG